GGUUUCUGUAGGCCUUCAGGGACCCCACUGCUUCCGCGCAGCCAUUUGAAGUGGGGGAAAGCAGCUGGCGGCUGACUGAUGCUGAAUGCUUUGCCGAGGUGUUUCCGCCUGCUGGCCGCAGCCGGCCUCGGCUUCGGCUUCUUCGCGUCCGGAACUUCGUCCGCGUCGAGCUGCGAUGAGCUGAGUUCGCUGCAGACCUUGCUGGAGAGCGGGUCACAGCGCUGCGAUGUGCUUCAUCCCAAGAAGGGUCUGAGGUGGAGCCACACCAAGAAGAUAGGCAAGGUAACAGUCUAUGUGGGCAACCUCACAGUGCCUUUGAGCCCGCAUGAAGAAGAUGUGCAUGAGACGCCCUUUAUCGAUCUGAUGGUCAUGAUGAUGAUUCACAACAGUGUGGAAGAUGCUUCGACGUUGGAGCCACUUCUGAUCCACUGCGGAGGACCUGGCAGCGAUGCCUCCUGUGUUUUGCAUCAAGGCAAGGAGCCGCAGUACAGCGGCUACGCUUCCUGGUCCAUCUCUCAGCGUGGCAUUGGCUUUGCGGCGUCGCCCAGCUUCGAGUGUGAGGCGAAGCACAUGAAACUGCCGGAGAAAAAUCGGAAAAACUACCGGAUCUCGGAUUUCACGGAUUGCCCCUGCGCUCUGCCAGAUGGGACAGCGCUGGUGGGCCAAUCCUUUGUGGCCAUCGAUCCACUCAACGGCUCCGAGGUGGAGAACCAUCUCAGCAAGAUGACUCUGAGGUCCAGGAGAUGCGCGGCCUCGCCCAAGUGGAUCUUGACGGGGCCGCGGAACAAGAGCUUCAACUUCUUGGAGUUUUCAGGUACGCGCAUGUUGGCGCACGACAUCGAGUUCUUCCGCACACGGGUUUGCGCUCACAAGAUGCACUUGAAUGGCGCGUCAUAUGGCACGGCGGUGGCGGCCACCUAUGGCAACAUGUUCCACCAACGGGUGGGGAAGAUGGUAAUCAACGGCAACAUGCCGCCGAAUCCCUUCACCUUGGACUUUGCGGAGGGUCAAGGGAUGGCGCUCACCAUGACCUUUGCGCAUCUGGAGAUGCUGUGUAUCCAAUGGACGGCCACACCGCCCUGCAACUGGUUCCAGGAUCAGAAGACCCUGAACCAUGUUUGGGAGAGCCUGCUGGACGAGUUGCGGAAAGGCAGACUCACCGCACCCACGGAAAUUCUGGGUUCCAAUGGUGCCAAAGCCCCUGGGCCGGACAUCCCGGUGGGGCAGAUCCCUGCGGGAUGCCCAUUUAAGGCUUGCAACAAGGUGACCUUCCCCUUGAGCAUCGGCCUGUUGCAGGGCUACCUCCAGGAGCAGAUGAUCUCCGCCGGCUUUGUCCCCACCGGCUGGGCCCAGCCGGUGCUGACCAUCGCAAAUUUGGCGGGCUUCCGGGGGGCGGAGGCCAAAACGCAACAGGUCAAGGCCAUUUUGGAUCGAUACUGCGUUUUGCCCUCCAGUCCUGGAAAAGAAGCCUGGAGCGGUGUGAAAACCUGGUCCCUCUACGGUACUUGUGUGGGGCAGCAAUCCGUAGGCUUGUCCAGCAGCUACCACAGCAAGCACUUGGAGGGCUUGGGCAUCGCACCCUUCAGUAAAGGGGUGAACGGCUUCAUCAACGAAGCCACGGUGACGGGCUACCGGCAAAAGUGGGACGAAAUGGCGAUCAGUGCCUUCCUGGGAAUCUUUAGCUCGUUCUUCGCGUGGCAGCUGGAUGCGGUGCCCGUGCAGGUGGGUUACCGCGCAGGUCUCAAAGCCUUGGUGGUGGGCAACUUGUACGAUCCCGCCUGCAGUUACACCUGGAGCAAUCACAUGCGCGAGUCCCUACCGGACAGCGUGAUGAUCGUUUGGCAGGGCGUGGGGCAUUGCCUCAGCCAAGGUGGUGACUACCCUGGCAGCGGCAUGAAACCCUGCCUGGAUCUAUUGGCGAGGCGGUUGUUCGUGGCACCCAUCCCAGCAGAGGUACUGGAGGGCGAACUGGAAAUCGAGGAGUGCGCCAAAGUUCUCGAGAGAAUGAAGAAUGAUAUCUCCCUGAUGAGAGAAGAAAGUGCCAACAUCUUGCAAGGCACUCUAGGUGAAGAGGGCUUGGACUGCUUCAUCGUGGAUAGUGGCGAGUGUUAUGCCUCAAUUCCUAUCAAUGGCGAGUGGAAGGAGGUGCUGAAGUACGAGCCCGGCGGCUUUUUCGGCGAACGCGCCUUAUUGAGGCAGGAAGGGCGAGCUGCGACCGUCACGGCGCGCAGCGAUGUGAAGCUGUUGAAGCUCAGUCGAGAGGAGUUCGUCUCCAUGAUCGAAGAGAGAGAUCACAAGGAGAACCUCAUUCGGCACAUCAAGGAGUUCGACAUCCUGACCGACGCACAGGUCGCCACCCUGGCGGGUGCCUUGGAGCGACGCUGGUUCGACCAAUCCGACGCAUUGAUCUAUGCCCAAGGGGAGGAGAGCAACCACUUCUACAUUUUAGAGGAAGGAGAUUGUGUGUCCACCAUUCGGCUGGAAGAUGGACAAGAGAUAGAGGCCAGACAGUACGCUGCUGGCGAGAUUUUUGGUGAGCAGGCCCUCCACUCAGGAGGACCUCGUCAAAGUUCCGUGUCCACCAUCGAUGCUGUCAAGGUCCUGAUGCUGAGCCGCGAGGAGUUUGAACGAAAGCUGGGGAAAUGGUCCAAUCUCAAGGCUGCAGCAGACGAUGCAGAUCCACGGCGCUUGAUGGCCGAUUUCUAUCUUCCUGGGGAUACGCGAGGACCCAAAGGAAGCCUUGGGGGAGAAGAGCCGAAUCCGUUUAACCCAACCAGGUGGUUUGCGGUGUAUCGCCCCUGCAGCUCAGACUCCAUCCGCAAGAUGUAUGGAAAGGUCGGGGUAGGCAAGGGCCUGAAUGUGAAAGGAAAGUCGGCCAAGAAGAACCGACUCUCCGGCUUCGUGCCCUUCAUCCAGAUCAGUGACAACAAGCACAAGAACGAUGUGGAGGAGGCUCCUAAGGACGCGCGGACUAAGAUCUUUUUUAGGAAUCGGUUGGCGCGAGAACAGGCCUCGAAAUCCUUGGACAAAGUUCUGAAGGAGGCGUCCCUAAAGAUCGAUGAUCCAACCAUCAAAAUCAUCGCAGAUUACGAACCGCAAAGCUUCGGCUUGGAUGUCCCUGAGCCUUUGAUGAAGGAGGCGUACAUCAUGAGACCCGAGCUGUCCCCCAUGGUUGGUUGGGAGACAGGGCGCCAAUCUGAACCGGCCUUCAUGGACAUGAAUUUGCAUUCCACCAGGGAGUCUUCAACCCCUGAGGUGGUGUUGUAUCAGUAUGACCUCGCAGAUCCCAUGAAUCCUUUGGGCCUCUUAGUGGCUUAUGCUGAAGCCCACGUUCUUCCAGUCGUGAGUGACUUUGAUACCUUUCUGGUGGGUAGCAUGGGGAUGGAAUACAGCCCUUUACCCAAGGAUCAGCAGGAGUUGAUGCAGUGGUGUCUCGACCACACGGCGGACAUCAUCGGAAUGCCUCAACGGAAGAGCUGGACCACCAGGUGGUUGGAGGUGCUCAAAGAUGAAGCCAGCAUGAAAGGCAAGACGGUGGAGAUCCCGAAGCUGGGCUUCGGCGACCCCACGAGCGUGAAGCUCAUUGGGGAU